AUGACGUCGAGUAUGUUGUCUGGGGAUCGGAGGUGGGCUUCUUCCAGAAGAGGUGCAAUGACUGUUUUAGGAAAAGUUCCGAAGCCUGUAAACUUACCCAGUCAAAGGUUAGAAAAUCAUGGUAUGGAUCCAUCUGUGGAAAUUGUUCCCAAGGGUACUCUCAGUUGGGGCAGUAGAUCAUCAUCUGCAUCAAAUGCAUGGGGUACCUCAUCAGUUUCUCCAAAUACUGGUGGUGGCACCACUUCACCAAGCUUUCUCAGUGGCCACAUUUCAUCAGAAAGUGGCACUCGACCAUCAACUGCUGGUAGUGAUAAAUCUCAUGAACCUACUUCCAACGCAUGGGGUCCAAACUCUAGGCCAUCAUCGGCCUCUGGGGUAUUGACAUCAAAUCAGACGUCCCUGGCAUCAUUGCGCCCUCGCAGUGCAGAGCCGAGGCCUGGGAGUUCACAGUUGUCAAGAUUUGCUGAGCACUCUGAACAUCCAGUGGCAUGGAGUGCUCCUGGGACUGCAGAAAAAUUGGGAGUAGUGACGUCAUCAAAGAAAGAAGGGUUUUCUCUAACUUCUGGAGACUUUCCAACACUUGGUUCAGAAAAGGAUAAUUCUGGAAAGAAUGCAGAUUCAGAAGAUCGCAGUUCUUACUCUCGCCCCGGCUCAUCUUCUGGUGGUGGAGUGGCAAAAGAGACUACUGGGAUUUCUGUAGUUGGUGAUAUUUCUGCAAAUGCAAGUGUGAAGAGUGGAACUGGUAAUUCAUGGAAAAGAGAGAGUCCGUACAAUGAAGAAGGUAGACCUGGGAUGGAGAAGUGGCAAGGGAAUCCCCAGCCUUACCCUGGUGCUUGCGUCCCUCCCCAACAUUAUGAUGCAUGGCAUGGUGGUCCUGUUCACCCGCAAGGUGGUCCAGUACCUCACCCCCAAGGUGGUGUUUGGUUUAGAGGUCCUCCAGGGGGUCCUCCUUUUGGGGCUCAGGUCCCUCCUGGUGGCUUCCCGAUGGAACCAUUUCCAUAUUAUCCUCCACAAAUUCCAGCUGGUGCUCUUGCCAACUCACAGCCUGUUCCUCCAACUGGAGCGGGACCAAGGGGACACCAUCCUAAAAAUGGAGAGAUGUACAGACCUCAUAUGCCAGAGGCGUAUAUCCGCCCUGGUAUGCCAAUUAGACCUGGAUUUUACCCGGGUCCUGUGCCCUUCGAGGGAUAUUAUGGUUCACCAAUGGGAUAUUGCAAUUCAAAUGAACGAGAUCUCCCAUUCGUGGGAAUGCCGGCUGGGCCUCCUGUCUAUAACAGGUACCCUAGCCAAAGUGCUCCCGAGUCUGGCAGACCUAGUGGAUAUGGUCCCACCAACCAAACAGGGUUACCGGAGAAAAUAGAAUCUGGUCAUCCACAUGAUACACGUGGACCAUACAAAGUUCUUCUAAAGCAGCAUGAUGGUUGGGAUAGAAGAAAUGAAGAACAAAGAAGUGAGGAUGCUGUAACAACCAAUGCGUCAUGUCUUGAGAACGAGGACCAACCACGAGCACUGUCAUCAGAGAAUGAUUGGAGAUCAGAUCGUAGAAAGGAGGGAGAGAGGGAACGAAGGAGUGAAAGACCUACUUCACAGAGUUCAGACAGAGGAGCUUCUUCUGCUCAUGUCAAAGUCAAGUCCCCUGAAAGUUUGGGUAAUAUGAGGGCAGCUGAUACCUUUCCAGUGAAGAAAAUGGAAACUGAAGCCUGUGGCACACAAGAUAUUGCACAAACACUCUCCGCAAAAGAAUCCAGUUUGAUUCAGAAAAUAGAGGGAUUAAAUGCCAAAGCACGAGUUUCUGAUGGACGAGGUGAUACUGCAUCUGUUUCCAGUAGGGAGGACCAAAGGAAGACAUUCCAAGUCAACCCUAAAUCUAACAGUUCAGUAAAUGAACCUGGUAGUGGCUCGGGCACUGAAAUCAUAAAUUCCUCUCAUGAAGUCAGUAGUGGAAUUUCUGUCUCCAGGCGACCUACCCAUGGCGUGCAUGGUAAAUCAGAUAAUCGUGGUAGAGGAAGGUUUAAUAACCAAGAAGGCGACGGCUGGGGGAAGAAAUCCUUGGUUUCUGAACCAACAUCUGUGGUGUCAACUGCAAAUGUAAAAGUUCAUUCUAAUGAUCGUGUGCAUGACAACAUUGCAUCCAUGGAAGCUAUAGAAAAGCCUGGAUCUUAUCCACAAGCCAGACUUGAAGACGACUCAUUGACACCAAUGGCUGAUCCAAAUGAUUCUGAGGCACAGCGUGCUAAGAUGAGGGAGCUAGCUAAGCAGCGUACAAGACAGCUUCAGGAGGAAGAAGAGGAGCGGACAAGAAGGCAGAUGGCCAAGGCUCGGGCAAAAUUGGAAGAGUUGAACAGGCGUACCAAAGUGGUGGAAGGUUCAAAUCAAAAGUCUGAAAAUUCCUCCAGUGGAGAUGUCCAGAUUAAAAAAGAAGAAUCUAAAACUUCUGGUGAACAACUAGUGGCUGUUAGGGAAUAUGAUUCGCAAGUCCCAGCGUUGGGUUCUAACCUCAACGCUGUUGCACAGAUUAGUGAGAGCACCAGUGUUAAAGUUGAAAAAUCAACUGUUCCAUCAACUGAGUUACCUCCGGAGAGACCAAAGAGUGCCUACAAGGAACCCAUUUUCAUGCAUGAUCAACCUGUGCCUUUGCAGCAGCAGGUCACUGUUGCUAAUGCUGCUCAUCAGAACACUACUCCUCAGGCUCAUGAUAGCAGUAUCUCAAGGCAGAAGCAGACACCUAAACAAAAGCAGAACACUCAGUUGGAAAAGAAGUCUACUGGGAAGAAUACUUCAACUAGUAUAACUGACACACCAACUAGUCAGACAGAUGCAGUGGUUAAUGUGUCCUCAUCUGGUGGAGUUGGAGCUACUUCAACUGCUUUGAGUACGGAGUCGAGCCUGGCUACAGAUUCUAGUGUGAUUCUCGAGUCAUCCUCUCAUCCAAGAAAGAGAAGUAGCAGAAGUGGCAAGAACAAGCAGAGAGCAGAGAUUUCAGCAUUUGUGGCUGGUAUACCAUCAUCCAUAUCAAAUGAUACAAAUCAUGCAAACACCAAUAUAGAAAGUGGAAAACCAAAUGCAUCUAAGGGGGAUUUAGAUCCUAUCUCAGUUCAGUCCCAGGCCCUUUCUAGGGAUGCACAUCAGUCGACGGAGCAGAACUCGUCUUUACCAAAUGAAGAAUCUCAAGGUAAACUAAGUGGCCAUUGGAAACCUCAGCAUUCUCGCCGAAUGCCUAGGAAUUCACAAGCUGUCAGGCACUCGGAAAAUGCUGUUAUCUGGGCACCAGUGCGGUCACAGAACAAAACUGAUGUAACUGAUGAUACCAACCCCAAAACUGAAGCUGAGGGUGUCAGUGCUGUAAAGAGCGACCAGCAAGUGCAAAAUAAUUCAAGAAAUAAGAGGGCGGAGAUGGAGAGAUAUGUACCAAAACCUGUAGCUAAAGAGAUGGCACAUCAAGGAAGCACUCAACCAGGGAUUUCUGUAGUGCAUCAGACUGCAAUAAAUGAGAACAAAAGGGGAACAGAUUCUGGUCCUCAAGGUCCCGAAAAUUCUCAACCUAGUGCUGCAGCCGUUGGAAAAACAGGUUUAGCCAUAGAAUCCAGGACUGUGAGUAACAGGCUAAAUAAGCAGGGAAAAGCACAUGGGUCGUGGCGACAACGGGGAUCAACAGAACCAACCAACAUUCAAGGUUUCCAAGAUGUACCAUCAUACACUUCAAAUGUUGGUCAGAGUGAUCUUGGCUCAAUGACAGAGCAACCAAAGAAUUCUGGUGAAUGGAAUGAUGGAUGGAACAUGCCGGAAGAACCCAACACCGUUGUACCAGUCUCUGCAUCUAUUGUUGUUAAAGAACAGGGAAUACCCGGAAGACGAAAGCAACAUCCAUUUAAGGGUCAAAAAACUAUGGCAAAUAAUCAUGAUCAUGAGCAAAAGAAAAACGAUAGGGGGGAUGCUGACAGAAUCUACAGAAAAUCUCCAACCUCUGAAAUGAGUCGAUCAGACUUACCCUCUGCUUCCAAAGAGAAUCAAGCUUUCGGGGAACGUGCAAUGCCUCAUUGGCAGCCCAAAUCUCAGGCAUUUGCAGCCAAUAAUCAUCAGGGGAACAGGGCUAAUGGUCCCCAAGGUGCAGACCCACUCUCAUCAACACCUAACAAAGAUACCACUGAAAAUGUGGCUCAGCAUCGACAUGAUCAAUACAAGUCUGAAAGAAACCAUGCAGGGGAAGGACAGAACAGGACAGAGAGGAAAACAACACACAGGGGACGUCCGAGCUCCCCACACCAUGGUCCUGUAAGCCCUGUCGAACUGGCUCCUCCCAGUAUGGAUGCUAGACAAGAGCAUCAGUUUCAAACAGGAUUUCGCAGGAAUGGAAACCAAAACAACCGUUUCAGCAGAGGUCAAGAGUCUCGUGGGGAUUGGAAUUACUCGGGGCAUGAUACUAGGCAGCAAAACCCCCCUGCAAAUCGGGACAGGCAGAGGCACAGUGCCCAUUUGGAGUACCAGCCAGUUGGGCCAUACAACAGCAGUGACAAAUAUAACAAUUCCGAGGGACCUAGAGAUGGUUCUCAGAACUCAGGUGGUGGGAGGGUCAAGGAAAGAGGGCAGGGUCAUUCGAGACGUGAUGGGGGUAACUUUCAUGGACGGCAGAGUGGCACUGUUCGAGUAGUGCAGGAUAUGGAGUAGUGGCAAAAAAAUUAAAAUGACUAAAGAUGAGGUUGUUUUUGAUGAAACCGCUCUUUCCCACUAUUGCAUGGUGAGCCAGUGGGCAGUAGCAGUAACUGUGUCAGUGGCUUGAUCUUAACUGUUUCCAGGUAUUGUAGUAAUAGAGAUGCCAUUUGCAACUGUUUAUAUUUGUUGAGCAGACAACUAAAGACUUGUUUGCACUCAGCAGGGUUCAUGGCAAAGUUGAUGGUGUUGAAUUCGUUAGUGUUUUGGAGGUAGCCAGAUUGAAAUGAAUCUGACGUGAUACAUUGCGAUUUGGUCAUGCUCUGUUUCCUGUGGAACUCUUAUCAUUUUAUUUGUUUCUAUUAGCCUUGUAUUUACUUGUAGUGACACUCAUAAUUCCCCUUUGCUUCUAAUAUGAAGCGGCAAGGAAAUGAAAUUAGAGGAAGUUCCCAUUGACUGCUUUGCUUUGUGCCCCUGUACCUUUGUUGAUCAGUACAAUGUGAAGUUCAAUUCUCUA